AUGGGCCUCUCGUACAACAUCUAUUUGAACAGCCACAAGAUCUACGGCUGUAAGAACUGCAAGGCCCAUUUGUCGAACCAUGAAGACAUCAUCUCAAGAAACUUCCGCGGUCAACAUGGCAAAGCAUACCUCUUCAACAACGUCGUGAACGUCACAUCCGGUGAUGCCAGCGAGCGAAACAUGACCACCGGCCGCCAUAUCGUCCGUGAUAUCGCCUGCAGACAAUGCAACGAGACGGUAGGAUGGAAAUACGACAAAGCAUACGAGGCGAGUGAGAAAUACAAGGAGGGCAAGUUCAUUCUGGAGGCUGAGCUCUUAUGCAACGUCACUUAA